UUUUCUCAUUCUAAAUUUUUCUAGGGUUUAUAUAAACACACACUCCUCAAAGCUUGAUCAACAAUGGCGUCACUCUCUAGGGUUUUCACACGAUAUUACAGCUCCGUCAUGGCCGCCGCCGCAAAGUCCGCCGUCGCCGACGCCACUGCCGCUGUCAAAAAAACCGCCGUCAAGAAGACCGCCGCGAAAAAGUCGGCCGAGAAAGUCGCGACCGGUCCGAAGAAGCUUACCGGUAUACUGAAGCCGAUGCCGAUAUCUCCGGCGCUCACCGAGUUUAUGGGAGCUGCUGAGUCGUCUCGAACUGAAGCUGUGAAGAGAGUUUGGGAGUAUAUAAAGGCUAACAAUCUUCAGAACCCACAAAACAAAAGGCAGAUUUUUUGUGAUGAAAAGUUGAAGACUAUAUUCGAUGGAAAAGCUGAGGUGGAAUUCAUCGAGGUUGCUAAGCUACUUUCGCAACACUUUGUAAAAGCCAGUUGAAUUCUCUUUUGUUUAGACUCGUAUGUGACCUUGUUAAAAAGGGUGCUUUUAGGUAGAAUUGAUCCCUGCAGUGCAGUGGAUAUCUAAUGCAAUUGCUUGUUAAUUUGAUGACAGUUACUCGUGCCCAAAUGCUGCAGAUUAGACCAUCGUGCAUGUAUAUAUAUCUAUGUAUUGUUUUUUGA